AUGUCCGAUCUCACCGCUACCACCAUUUCUUCUCCCUCACGACCCAAGAGGAAACUCCUCCUCAUCAACGGCCCGAACCUCAACCUGCUGGGCACUCGGGAACCGCACAUCUACGGGUCCACGACGCUGAGCGAGGUCGUCUCCACGAUCGUCUCGCGGGGCAAGGAGCUGAAUAUCGAGGUGGUGCCGUUCCAGUCGAAUCAUGAGGGUAUGAUUGUGGACUUUAUCCAGUCGCAUUUCGUCUCGUCGCGACCAGCGACGUCUCCACGCACUCGAGUCGGCGUCAUCAUCAACCCAGCGGCAUUCACGCACACCAGCGUGGCGAUCCGCGACGCCCUGCUGGCCACGUCGCUGCCCUUCGUCGAGUGCCACGUCUCCAACAUCCACGCCCGCGAGCCCUGGCGCAGCCACUCGUACUUCUCGGACAAGGCCGUCGGCGUGAUCAUGGGCCUCGGCGUGUAUGGGUACACUGCGGCGUUGGAAUUUUGGGCGCAGCGGUGGGAUGGGGAGGAGAGGGAGGAGGGAGGCCGGGGGUGA